CUCAGUUUUCAAUUAGUUGUGGAGCGGUUCGGUUGGCAUUGCGCGCUAGUAAAGAAGCUACGAUAACGUUUAGUCUUCUGUUGGAAACAUAAAAUGUUUUGAUAUUGUUUCUAAUAAAUAGCAUAUGAAAUAAAAGUAUAUACAUAAAUGUGUUACAAAUUUAUAUAAAAAUUGAUUUAAAGUACGAGUAUGUCGAAGAUUUGGGCAAGCCUAUUGUCUUUAUGUUUAUAGGUACAUACACAUGCGGCGUGAUUAUUAUUUUGGGUGUUACAAAGUGCUUUAAGUCGAAGCCUAAGCUAUACAUAUACACACACAAGACUAAAAUAAGUAACAUGAACAUUUAUAUAUGUACAUAUAUUUUUUUGGUGAACAAUUAAACGCACAUUUGCGUUUUUGUUUUGUAGCGCAUUUCAUGUCUCUGCAGAUUUCUGUUUUUCUUUUCAUUGAUUGCGUACAAAACAAAACACAUUUACGGUGUCAAAUUCAGCAUCGCAUUAACCGACCAAGGGUUAGGGCGGGGGAGGUUAGUAGUAGAUGGGGAAACCAGCUCCGACAAGCACGCAGUUACUUACAUAUUUCCAAACAGAAUUCGAUUAGUCAGAUGAAGCCAUAAGGUGUUUACGAGGCGAUACUGGUCGAUGCUGCUGGAAUAUUUUAAUUUUGGACUGUUUUUAGCGCAGUGUUUGUGUAAGCAUUUUGCGUUGUUGCUAUACAAAUGUAUGUGGCAUAUGUAGAGGGCCAUCUUUGAUUAUAGAGAGCAACUAUCAAAAAGCGUCAAGGUUAUUAGCGUAGUUGUAGGGAAAUUUUAAAAUUUGCAAUACAAAAGAAAUACGAAUUAAAAGAAAAAUAAAGAGUAAAACUAAAAAUAGCUGAGUGCCCUAUAGCCCUUUAAUAUCGCAACUAAUAGCCAUAAGUGUCUCGUUAAUUAUUGCUUCUUAUUACGUCUGCAUCUUAUUACGAUUGCGUGUGCAGGUCAAAAGUUGGACGUAUAAAGUAAAGUGCACCACUAGUAACAACAAAUUUAUCUGAGUUGAAGGCAAUCAAAACGAACUAUUAAAUUGAAGAGAAUACCGAAUGCCCACAAAUACAAUCCUAUCGAGAAUGCAAACAACCAAUCAAAACAAUUACAUUACCGCCGAAGAUAUACCAUCUAUAGCAAACAAGACCACCAAUAACCAAAUAGAACCUAUUAAAAACUAUAAUGCUUUAAAAGCAGAACACUCUUUAGGAGGUACGUCUGUAACAAAUAUGACAACGACAAAGAGCCACAAAGCAGCUUCUACACCGAUGGACCAGCAAUCACAAUUCGAGGAGGACAAUGAUAAUUGUAUGAUUGAUAUAGCCACAAUGCAAAUUGCUGACGAUAGCAAUAAUGUAGUCAAGCCAACUGGCUCGAAUUCCAACAACUACAGCAGCAAUAAUAAAUGCACAUGUGGGGAUGAGCAGAGCGAUACGAGACAGAAGGCUACCGCCGUGGGGGAGCAACUGAAAUGUGCUGGGACGGAGGGGGACAGCGACAAUGAAAUCGAUAUGAAAACUACAAUCGAAAACAAAUGUGAAAAUAUAAAAAUUGAGGAUGAGCGGGAAGAUGAUAGUUUAGUGCACGACUACCUUAAUGUUUUGGAGAUCAACCAAGCUGAGGAGGAGCAAACCAUUACUGAACUAGUAGAUGCUAGUGGGCAAAGAAAGUGUAUAGAAGCCAAGCAAAGCAAUGGCAUGCGCGUCGCUUUUGGUAUAAUUUUUAGGCUAAUGCUGCCGUUGGCUAACAAUGUUAUGCGCAGCUUCAAGGGCAUACGUGAUGUACGAUUUUUGCGUAUAUUGAAAUCUAUUGCUUCCAGCCGACAAGCACUCACCAACUUGAUGGCGUUUGCGGCCAAUACAAUAUCGCUUAAUUUGUCGUCGGUGCAAGUUUCUCAACGUAUCGAUCCAAUUCUGAAGCUUCUCAAAAUACGUAAGUCCCCCGAUGGCAUUGAAAGUCUACCAGAUACGCCGUCUAUUAACAGUAUAUCCUGGUUUCCCACCUCCGCAAUAUCGACACCGCCGCCGACUCCUAAAACGCCUAGCACUCCUACUAUGCCAUUUCUUUCACCUUCAUUUCGCGAACCUUCGGGAGUGAUGCCUGCUUUUUCUACCAGCAAGCGAAAAACCACAAUACCACAGACGCCCGCGCCAAAAUGCUGUACAUUAAAGGUGCUGGCAGAACCGCCACCAGGAGAGCCCAUACGCGCCGACAUUGUCUUCAUACACGGGCUGCAUGGUUCUUUGGUAAAUACAUGGAAGCAGGGUUUAUGGGAGAACGAACGUCAACCGGAAGGUUUCGAACGGCCACCAAAACCACCAGUACGACCACCUAAACGGCCAAAGCAUUCACGCGCGGUCUUGUUGCAUCCACCACACAAGCAAAAACGCGCGCGAUUCGCGCACAGCGACUCCAAUCAGCGGGCAACACAAGAGCAAAUGGAGUAUGAUGAAGUUAAAGAUUUGGAUGAUGGCUUCUUCGACGCAACUGAACAAGAAUUGAGAAAUGGUAUUUCCUAUGUUUGUGGCGCGCCACAAGAUGUAAAAAACUGUGAUGGCAUCGAAUACAGUUUUCCCACAUUCCGCUUACGUCUGAACGACAAUGGCCGUCAACUGCAGGCUGAGUUCGAAAAGAUGCAAGAAAGCGCUGCGAAUGACAAUGACCCACACUUGCAGCCGCCACAACAGCAGGCGAACAGCGGCAGCAAGCAGAAAAAUUCAACCAAACUCACUUCCGAUGAUCCGAAUUAUUCCAAAUGCUGGCCUGCUGAUUGGCUGCCCCUAGACUGUCCUAGUGUUCGUGUCAUAGCGCUUAACUACACCACCGAUCAAUACUUGUGGCGACCACUAUGGAAAAAGAAGGAACCACGAUCUAACCUAAUUGAACGUGCACGCGAAAUGACUGAGCUGCUGAUCAAGCAUCGUAUCGGUUAUGGUCAGCCGAUCGUGUGGGUGGGCCAUUCUAAGGGUGGCCUGUUUAUUAAGCAAAUCAUUGUCGACGCAUGGGAGAGUGGACGACCGGCUGUGGCGCCUUUAUGGCGUUCCUCACGCGGUGUAUUCUUCUAUUCGGUGCCGCAUCGUGGGUCUCAUUUGGCUUGCAUUAAGGCGCCGCUCCUAGCGCGAUCCAUCGAGAUGUUGGAUAUUGAGAAAAAUAACAAAUAUUUAUUGGAUUUGCAUAGACGCUUUGCGGGUCUAUAUCACUUGGGUCAUAUUAAAAUUGAGGUGUUUAGCUUUGUGGAGACUGCAUUAACGCUGAUGUCUGUGCUCUAUCUGCGCAUUGUGGGCGUGGAUUCGGCAGAUCCUGGCUUUGGUGAUGUGUGCGGCAUACGCUUGGAUCAUCGUGAAAUUUGCAAACCUCGCGGCAGAGAUUGUAUUCUUUACAAAGAAUUGGUUAAGAUGAUUAAAAAAGUGAUUGAAUUUGAUGAACAUAAGCCAUUUAGUGACUAGAAACUGUUCGUACCUUAUUGGAUUAAAGUACAAUAGAUAGAAAUAGUAUGAGACCAAAAAAUAGUAAAUAUGAAUUACAAAAAA